AUGAUUUCUGGUUCCCAGAAAAGUCCAAGGACUCUAUCCAAAUCCCUUGUGAGACAGGGGAAUAUCGCUUCUCCUCUGACUAUGUCAGAAAACUUCCAGAAUAUCUAUUUACCAGCCACAGUGAGAGCCCAGCAGCUCUCGGUUCCUGUGGUGAGCAAUGCACCUUCCCUAACAGGAAGUGUGUACGCACUCACCAGAGCCUCUGCACCAGCCAUCACCUCAGCAUGGCUCCUACCACCAGGCUCUGGGGCUGUUCUCCAGCCACUCCCCCGUAGUGCCUACCUUUACCAACAUCCUGGCACAAACACGUUGGCCGGGUUCCCGGGCCCCAGCCUCCUCUCCAUGUCAGCUGCCCCCUCUGCAGGUGCUUUUGAGUGGCAGUCCUCAAGAAGCGCCGGGGGCAGAACAUCUUCACUUGGGCCUGCCAUGGUGACAAUCCUCGAUCAGGGCACCUCAGGUCCUUCAAUGUCUAUGGCAGCCCAGUAUGGUGAGACUUCCUGUGCCAAUACCACUGUGGCCGGGGAGGCAGUCAGGUCUAUUACAAUGAUCCAAACACCCCGAACCUUUGGAUGUGUGGGGAAGUUGGACCCUGCCUGCAGUCCUACGUCUCUGGGAGACAAGGAGGUGGUGGGGCCUGUGCCCCCGCAACCAGAAAUUAUGAUGCUGGUGAGGGAGAUGCCCCCCACAAGUGUCCCUUCAGCGCUUCCCAUCUCUGCCGUCUCCUAUUCUGCGCCUGCUCAGUGCACCUCGAGAACGAGCCGUCAAGCGAUGGCAGAUUCUCAGGGCUUGGAUGCUAACCUGACACUGGAAACAUCCCUGGGAAUGCUAACUGAAAGCCAGACAUUCUGCCUGCCACAAACGUCACAACUUGCCAAAUCCUGCACAUUGGAGAGUAAGCCAGCAUCUGAGUGUUGGGACAUUUCCGAAUCUCCAGUUCAAAGCCCUUCUCGCUUCCUGGCCUUGCCUCCUGCUCCACGUGCUAAACAAGCAGACAAUACGAUUUUGGAUGCUAUUCAAACUGAGAUCGCACAACCUCUGGGUGCCUACCAGACUUCAAAAGAUGAGCAAGAAGAUCCUGUACUCCUCCCGUUACAAAUGCCCAAUACCUGUGACAUCCGUUCCCCCACUGAAUCGGUGAGCCCAGGGAACACUCCUGGUUCCCAAAAUGCCCACUUGGGAGAGAACUGCCAAAGUUUCAAGGACAAGUGGGCACUGGAGGGAGGACUGGAAUCUAACAGAGGUUCUGAAGACCUGAGAAUUCUGGGGGAAGAUGUCUGGCUUGCCCAGCCCUUCAGCCCUGUGACCGAUACUGACUUUCCAGCACCAACUAAGCCCCAAAUUCCAGGAAGCACAGAGGCGAAGAGGGAGGAAAAGGAGAAAGUGUCUGACUUAAGGGACGAAGCUCCCAAGGCCAAAUUGCAGCGCCAGGACCCAGAGGGCCAGGCGGAGGGAGAGGAGGGAGAGGUGCUUGUUGGCAGUGCUACAGCCAGUGGCAGGGCUCCCGACAUCACAGCCAAGCAUUCCCUCCACAGAGCUCAGAAAGCCACACCCAGCAGGCCCAAGAAAGCUCAGGGCCCUGGCCAUGAAAGGCCCAGAAGGCCCAGAGCAAGGAAGUCCAAGACAUGUGAAGAGCAAAAGACGGCAGGGGGCAAGGCGAAAGCAGAAGAGAAGCCGCCCAGCCCCAGGGCCAAGAGGAGGAAGGGCCAUCCACCUGAGCUCUGCCAAGAGUUCUUUAAAAAGCCUCGCAGCUCCCUGGGCAUGCACAUGCUGGAGUCAGUGCAGGUCUUCCACGCCCUGGGGAAGAAGAUGGAGCCGAAAACAGGGCUCUCUUCCUGCCGGGCUCUGGGCAACACACGCUGCACCACAGAGCCCAGACCAUCCCCAGGCCUCCAAACCGGGCUGCGGAUCCCAUGCCAGGAGACAGGGACUGAGCAAACCCAAGGCAAAGGCCAGAAACCAGAGGGCAGUGUUGGCACAGAGCGGCGUUCUCCCUCCCAGUGUGAGCUGCCCCCACCUGGGAAGGUCAAGUUAGUGCCUUUGCCCUUUCUUAGCAUGGACAAGCCCCAAGCUCGCCUUGCUCCUAGGAGGCCACACUCCCUGGCUUCACAGAGGGCCCCGGCACCUGACCCUGCCAGGCCUCCAUCGAACCCUGCUCAGCCGCCUGCAGUCAAGCCAUCACAAGCAGCUCCUGCCAGCACAACUUUCACUGCUGGGCCAGUUUCCAGCAGUCUCCCCAGACCAGGCUUCAACCACCCUACCCAGCAUGGGGUCUCUCAGUCUGUUGCCUGUAGGCCAGCUCCCUACAAGACCUCAUCCUGCACUUCUCUGCACAAGGAGCCUGUUUCCACUGCACCGACCAAGGUCCACUCACUUCCCAACGCAAACACCCAGUAUCUCUUGGAAGACUUCAGCCGCCAGCCAAUACCAUGGAGGAAAGUCGAUUUUCCAGGGCCAGUUGAGUCCACCCCCAUCACAGAUGAGCAGAGGCCAGAGCGCGAGGCCAUGAAGAGGAGGGCUCAGCGGGAGCGUGAGAACGCGGCCCAGUACACUGCCCUGGGCAGAGUUCAGUACUUUGUUCAGAGGGAAAGGGACAUGGAAAUUUCUGAAUAUUAUGGGUAUAUGAUCUAA